AUGGCUUCCUCCGGCUCACUCCUCCCCGCCCUCCUCGUGCUGCUCCUGCUCACAGUCGCCGCCACCGCGUCGACGACUACGACGACCUUCGUCCGGGCGGGCGCUCCUCCGGCCGAGCUCGCCGAGCGGCUGCAGGGAGUGGGGCAGCAGCAGUGCUGGGAGAUACUGAUGGACAUCAGGUCGUGCACGGGGGAGAUCAUCCUCUUCUUCCUCAACGGCGAGGCGUACCUGGGGCCCGGGUGCUGCCGCGCCAUCCGCGCCGUCGAGCAGCACUGCUGGGCCGCGGACGCCAUGCUGUCCGUCAUCGGGUUCACCCCAGAGGAGGGGGACAUGCUCAAGGGCUACUGCGACGCCGGUGACAGCGGCGAGGGGCAGCAGCGUGGUGCUCUUGACGGCGUUGCAAGUGACGGCGCCGUGGCCGCCGCUGCCGGAAGGAAGGGGCUUGGUGCCCCGUGA